AUGGUCGAUUCCGGCCAGUCGCAGCGCCGCCAACCUCCCAGCCCACUCGUAUUCUCCCCAGAAGCUGCCAUAUCCCCAAUACCUCCCCCGCUCCAAUACAAUAGCAGCAGCAGCACUCAUCAUGGCUCUGGAUCUAACACCGUGUCGAUGCCUUUUGUCAGGCGACAUGUGACGAGGCGCCUCAAAGCAGCCAAGGCAGAAUGCGACAAGGAACUCCAGCGUAUCACCAAUAACAUCACAGCUUUCUUUGAGGACCGACUCAGAGCGGGCGACCAUGAAACGGAGCGCGAGUGUAGGGAUCGAGGACGAGACAGAGACUCACAGAUCGGUGAUUACGACCAUCUGAGCGAGCCUUUCGUGCUUCAACCGGCGGACCUUAGGUCUGCUCUGCAGGCUGAGGAAUCCAGCUCCGAUGGUGGUUAUGAGGCGGAGGUUGAGUAUGGUCAACAUGGCAGGCAACGCGCGAAUACCGAUGAAGAUGGCAACCCGCCAGCGUUAGCCCACUGGUCUUCGUCUCCUGGUCUGCAGGCUUCAUCUUCCACGUCUAUCAGUCCCGCUUCACUGCCUCCUUCUUCCGGCAACCGACGUUCAUCUCGCAUUCUAGUUGAUGAUCCCGUUGAUCCCAUCAUGACUACUUUGUACGCAGUCAUAAGUGUGGCUACGGAUAUCAUCGACAUGUCUGUGGCUCAACUUACCGCUCAGCCUAAGGUAUGCGAGGCGCUUGUUCAAAGGGUCCAAAGUAUUGGCAAAGUCUGGGACGAGCAUCCAGACUGGCACGGCCGGAACUGGUACGUUCAGGUGUUGCUUGCUGUUGCUAGCCUUAGUCGUGUGGUCGAAUGGUGGGAGGCCGAGAAACAAUUCUGGAAUUUCGACGACAAUGACGACGAGCAAGACGAGCCUUUGAUGUUCGUCACUAAACCUGCCGAUGAACCUCCCCCUUCAGUGACCUCUUCAAUACGUCACGCGGAGCCUACUGAAAGGACGUUCCUCGACGUGGAUGAUGAGAAUCGCUCACGCUCGUCUAGACCAGGAAGUCACGGCCGAAAGUCUAGAGACGAACAUACCAAGGAUCUAUAUGUUCCGAAUCCCACUCACGAAGCCGAACCCAACGCUCAUUCUCCCCAGAAGCCCGUUGAUAACGCUGAAUCGGCUCGGGUGUUAGCAACAGAACGCCUGCGUUUACAAGCGGAGACAGCCCAGAACCAGAAUAUCGUCCUAGAACUUAGUCUCGACGGCGAUCACUUCAUAUGGGUGAAUUAUGCCUGGCGAGGGGUUGUCGGGACGGACCCGGAGGAUCUUGCCGGUACGCGAAUAUCCCAUCUCCUUGCUCCUGGAGACGAGACGGUGUUCCGCGAAGCCACGCAGCGUCUACAGGACGAUGACUCUCGCACCGUCGAAGUUCGCUUCAACCUAAGGAUAGAGCCAAGCGACAACAGGGAUUCCUCGUCCGCCCUAUAUCAGCUGAUGGAAGCCAAAGGCAUGCUAAUGAUCGACCGCGAGGAUGGAUUGCCUUCUCACACUAUGUGGGUCGUCAAACCCAUCGCACCUCCUAGGUACGAACUUGAAUCACAAGCGGAGGAUGUCACACAGAAACCUUCCGAAACACCCAACACUGCGGAACCUACAGAUCAGGGGGAAGAUGAGCUGAGCAGUCUUCCAUUCAGCCAACCCAUCAGCGCGGAGCCUAUCCUUUGUCGGAUAUGCGAAAGCCAAAUUCCGCAAUGGUACUUCGAAAAGCACAGCGAAACCUGUGUCGAAAUUCAUCGACUUGAGGCUGAGAUAGCCGAGUGCAACGAAUCCAUUGGCGAGCUACGCAACACAAUUCGCGACCUGGCUACAGCAUUGGAGAAGGCGACAAUAGCGAACCCGCCAGAUUAUCGUGGGAUGACCAUUUUUACCCCGUCUUCCUCUCCCAUCGUGUCUUCCCCGCUCCAUUUGUUCCGUUCUGCCAGGAUGCGAGGGGUCAGUGUGAAGAAGAUGCAGAGACGGCUUCUGGAACAACUCGAGGACAUUUUGCAGACUGCAUCAGAAAUAUCAGUACCAUCCCUUAAGGAAGAAGAAGCCAAGGAGCCCAUCGAACGCCAGCGACUGCUGUCGCCCAGCUCCGAACGUAAAAUCACUACAGUUCGGACGUGGAGUAAGCCCAACACCGAGGACGCUGCUUUGGGGCAGCUUGUCCAGGAUGCAGAGCGGGUCAUGCGCCAGAAGAUUGACAAUAUUGUUCGAAUGCAGAACACUAUUCGGUAUUCUGAGAAGAUCUGGCAUGAAUGGGAACAAAGGGUUGAACGAGCGCUAGCACUUGCUGACUGUGAUUCAGACUCUGAUGAAUCUGUUGAAGACGGUGAAACUGGAGGUAACGUUCCGGAUGACGAUCAUUCAAGUACGACCUCUGAGUAUGCGUACACUGGUGACCUUCCAUCAACUACUCAGCCGACACCCCUCGCGUCGUCAUCUCCCGCCCCUCAAUGGACUCCCCCAGAAACGCGUCCUCCUUCUGCUCCCAUUCCCGCUCACCCUGUUGCAUACAACACUCGGCAGUCCCUUCAUACACGCUCGUCUACCCCUUCUUCAGUUUCCUCCCCUCUCGCCCUGGCAGCGCCCAUCGUCGCUCCGUCCUCGCCAGAGGAACAUCCCCCACCCAUGAGCCUUGAUGACCCUCCCACUGUGCCUACCAUGAAGCACCGUAGAUCCGGACAAAGUCUUCUCGAACCAAGAGUAGUCAUUACCCCGCCGGCUUCUCCCCGGGUAGUUCCAAAAGACGGUCUCACUCGCGAACCUUCGACCAAACGUGCCCAUCGACGUCAUUCGACAGCUGCCAGUCAGAUCAUCAGUCCUCCUGGUCCCCUCUCUCCCCGACAACCCUCGGUUGCCCCCUUGUCGCGCACCAACCCUACAUCUAUCAAGGAUUUCGAUAUAAUCAAACCCAUUAGCAAGGGCGCCUUUGGCUCGGUAUUUUUGGCGAAGAAGAAAGCCACGGGCGAUUACUACGCUAUCAAGGUGUUAAAGAAGGCUGACAUGAUUGCGAAGAAUCAAAUCACGAAUGUCAAGGCUGAACGCAUGAUCCUCAUGAAACAGGCCGAGUCCCCAUUCGUGGCGAAGCUUUACUUCACCUUCCAGAGCAAAGAUAAUCUGUAUCUUGUGAUGGAGUACCUGAAUGGUGGUGAUUGCGCCGCCUUGAUCAAGUCCCUAGGCUCGCUUCCUGAGGAAUGGACAAAGAACUAUAUCGCGGAGGUCGUCCUUGGAUUAGAAUAUCUACAUCAGCGCGGUAUAGUACAUCGAGACUUGAAACCUGACAACCUCCUUAUUGACCAACAUGGCCAUCUGAAGCUCACCGACUUUGGGCUGAGCAGGAUUGGCCUUCUCGGCCGCCAGACGCAUGAAAGCCAGAAUUCCCGUCCUUUGACCAGGUACAACUCAAGAUCUCGGCCUCCAUCUCUCGACUCUGCAUAUUUAUCGUCGCCUCUAAUCCACCCUGAUGCAAGCUCUGGAGGUUCGUACUUCACGCACCGGCCACAGUCAAUCAGCCGUCAUGGAAAUUCGCCUUAUCUACCUCUUACAGAUGAUGUCAGCGAAUUCGGUGCCUCAGAUACGUUUGGUGGUCUUCUGCGAAGGGGCGGCAAGACCUCGGAGAGUCCUCUCCAGUCUUUCGCAACAGAACUUACUACCGAUCUUCGCUCACACUCCCAUUCUAACUCGAACUCGAACUCGUUUUCCGGAACUCCUCCUGGCGAGCAAAAGUUCGUCGGGACGCCUGAUUAUCUCGCCCCCGAAACUAUUCUUGGUCUUCGCGGUGACGACGCGGCAGUAGAUUGGUGGGCCUUGGGCGUUAUCACAUACGAGUUUCUCUAUGGACUGCCUCCAUUUCACGCAGAAACUCCGGAGAAGGUGUUCGAGAACAUCCUUUCGGGUCAUAUCGAGUGGCACGAAGACUGGGUGGACUUCUCCGAUGAAGCCCGCGAUUUCAUGCAGCGGCUAAUGACGCUCGAUCCGACUCAACGGCUGGGCGCGAAAGGCGCGGAGGAGGUCAAGGCCCAUCCAUUUUUAGCAGACAUCGACUGGGACAAAGUUACUACAACUGAAGCUGCCUUCAUCCCUCAAGUUACUGACCCAGAGUCUACUGACUACUUUGAUCCCCGUGGCGCUAUUCCACAACUCUUCCAUGAUGACGAUCAAGUAGCACUUACGAACCGACCUGGCGAUAGCCCUGUCGCAGAUACCAGCCUGCCUCCUUUGGCCAUCCCUAUACCCAGCCGUGAUUCCAAUAUCUCCCCUAGCGGCGAUGACUUCGGCUCUUUCAGUUUCAAGAACGUACCGAUUCUCAAACAGGCUAACGAUGAUGUUAUUCGUAAAUUGAAGACCGACCAGAUGGCACCCCUAACGCAUACAUUGUCCGAGCCUGGCAUACACUCGCGGAAACGCAGUGUAUCGCAGCGCUUUAAGAAGCCUCCUAGCGUUAUCACUGCGACUGACAACAAGGUUAUGAACACGGGUCCACCAUCUCCGGCCACAUCUACAUCAUCCAUAGCAUCCUCACCCUCUAGAGCAAGUCUUCCUCCUUCUGCACCGGGAGCUUUCGGCGGACAUAUCAGGAAACACUCAGAAUACGGUGCCGUCGAAAGGUUCAAGCAGAGCCACCUUGAGGGUGUGGAUCGUCGGAAUUCCAUGCCGAGUCGGCUACGGACAGCAUCUAUCUCUAGCAGUGGCGACAUUUCGGGUUCUGAAAACCUUUCCUCGGUUGGCAACGGGUCCGCUUACCACGACUACCACACUCCAUCAUCUUCUGUUCAUUCAAUCGAUCUGAAGAAGGGGCCUGAUCCCAAUGAUCGAGCUGUAACCUGCUUACUCGCUGAGGACAAUCCCAUUACAGCUAAGAUCAUCGAAACUUUGCUCAUUCGAUUGGGUUGUCGUUGUGUGGUCGUCGCUGAUGGGUCCGAAGCUAUCAGUGUUGCGAUGGGUGAUAUCAAAUUUGAUGUUAUCCUCAUGGACCUACAAAUGCCAGUUCUUGAUGGUGAAGGUGCCGCUCGGUACAUCAAAAGCACCAAUGGUAGAAACGCAAAUACACCAAUCAUUGCCGUCAGCGCUUAUAGUGGUAUCGACAUGAACGAAGCCAACAACGUAUUCGUCGCCUCUCUUGCGAAGCCGUUGCAAAAGGCUGACCUUCUCAGCCCCUCACGACCUACUACUGCUUCCAGAGCCAAUCCAGGACCACCUCCGAACCAAUACCGCCCGUCGACAGCCCCGGGGCCGCAUUACUCUUAUAACCAUGCCCAACCGCCACCACCGCCACCACCUCCGCAGAUACCUCAACAUCCCAACGCGCUGAGACCAGGGUUCGCUCCUUCUACGACACAUCGAGCUGAUAUCUUCUUCUCUCAACCCCCUGCGCCCCAGGCGAACAUGAGGCCCAAUUACAUGGAUCCCCGCUUCUCACAACCAUCCUACGGACAUAGAGAGCUACGACAGCACCCUUCCAUGCAACAAAUCCCGACAGGAUCCAGAGAGUUGUACGGGUUCCCUUUGCACCGUACAACUACCGCUCCAGCUCCAGCCCCGCCUCCAGUCCCCCCAAAACCCACGCAUCAUUACAGUCUUCCCCCCAAUCCCAAAGCUGAAGAUAGAGAUCAUAGCUUACAUUCGAUCCCGUAUGCCUCUACUAGCGGGCAUCACUCGGCACCGCCCACCACAGAUCCAAAUGAAACUCGUCCUAAUGGUAGCGACGACCUAGCCUUGGCCUUGGCCCUUUCUCAGUCAGAAAUUACACGACAAACGGAACUCGCGCUGAAGUUGUCUUCUCAAGAAGACGAAGAUUUAGCGCGAGCUUUGUCCGAGUCUAUCAAUCUAUCUAAUCGCAAUAUCAGGUGGUCCUCGGAAUCUCUAGAUAGCGCAGGUCCGUCCAGAGACAAGAUGACUAGGGCUCAUAGUUAUACCCCUGGACAAGCCAUACAACCACACUUCCCUCCUUUCGUUCCCUCCACUAUCCCGGAGCUAUCAUCGCCCAUUCACCGUAACUCUACGCCGCCCUUUUUCCAUCACGAAGAGGAUCAGGCGCGAACGCGUUCCUCUCCGUCGAAGUUGGAGAAAGAGCAAAUGGCUAGCCGAAGGUUGGAUACUCGAGUUGAUACGUCCAAGGAUGAAGAGUUAGCUCGGAUGUUGGCCAAUGAGGAUGGUCCGCCAUCACCAGUCAAUCCUCCCACCUCUGCGGGCCCCAGCAAAUCACCUGCCAUACCGCCGUUGUCUGAGGACGAGGCGUUAGCAAGACGGCUAGCGGCCGAAGAGGAACUUCAUGCAAGCUCAAGCGCACCGCCGUACGCUGAGCAGCACCAGGGUUCUUCUAAAUCGUAUCCGACCUCUCCCUUCCGUGUAGACUCUCCUCCUGAAGCCUUUACCCAAAAACAGCUUUCAGAGGACGCGACGCAGCAAUUGAAUAGGCCGGACACUCUAGGUCCACCCAUAGGUUCGGCAUCCCCUUCUUCCUCCCAUCCCCACUACUCCGGACCAUCAUCCCCUCAGUUGAUGCCAACUAUUUCUACGUCGCAACCAAUAUUACCCGCCUACGACGAUGUCAUCGCCAGCGGCGCCAGCGAUGGAGCAUCUUUAUCACGGAACUCAAGCAAUACGUCGUUCGAAUCAGCUUCGCCCUAUGAGAAAGCGCUCACUCAGAAGCAACGGAAUGAAUCGAGUUUGUCUGUGCCGUCAAGGCCGACAUUGCCACGAGCACAAACGUCAAGCUCGUCCCAUUCUGAAGCGCCGCUUUCUCCGUCUCAUACUCCUUCAAGCCCAUCAAGCGAAGUGUCCCCUCGUCUCUCGUAUGCACCUUCAAGCCCGCAAGUAGACACCUCCCCAACCAUUCGUCAGCUGAAGCCAGGGUCGGCGACAGAGGCGAGGCCGGCAUCGAUGAUGAUGCCUGUCAACGCCAACAACUUCGUGGAUUCCGACCUCCUUCGAGGUGUAUCCAUCGGAUUUGUGUCCCCAAGUGUGAUGCAGCGUCCUGUGCCAAUGCAAGGUACCUUCCCUAAUAUCAUUAACCUCCCCUAUGGAAAGUGUCCUCCUCUGCACCUCCAAGCACCCACUUGGCGUAGUCUGCUGAAAUUGAUGGCGAGAUUGAGUGGCACCAAAGUGGAACCCACUAUCGAAGGCAUAGCGGUGGCCAAGCACGCACUUCACCUCCGCACGGUCGUUCAGUUUGUCAAGCCUCACCAUUCCGCUCCCGAUUGGCGUGUUGUCCUUUGGUUAAAGAUCGACCAUCCAGUACCGCCCAACCUACCCAAUGCUCACAGGUACACGAACAAUGAUACCAGCCAGCUGCCAUACACCUUCACUCUAGGCUCCGUGCCUACACUUCUCCAUGACUCGGACUCAGCUGUGUCCAAGUACUACGUAAUACCCUCAACAGAGAACUUACCGUUCCCCUCCCUUCCAGUGACUUUCCCUAACCUGGCUAUGUACUUGCAAGCAGCUCUGGAGGAAUCUCGGAGGUAUAUCAAUGAUAGCUCCAGCGGAAUGCGCAAGCUUGCGAAGAUGGUCGACCAGGCGUUCCCGAACUCGCAUGUCGACACGGAUUUGAAUGACAACGAUGAGCGGAGUGGGGUUGGGGGAUUGUUCAAGAGGGUCAUCGGCAGAGGGAACAAGCCCCGACGUGGCGGAGGGAACGAGGAUACGUAUGAACUUGUUACGCCCUUCGUUCCCGACUCGGAGGAGUGGGGGUAG